AUGGGCAAAGAGGUGAACAAUCCGGUAUCACCGGCCUCCAAGGGCAAGGCUGCACAAAAAACACUCAAUGUUAGCAAAGAGCAGGGCGCACAUACAUUUUUAAAAGUGGCACCAGGUCUGUUCACCGCGGAUAAACUGCCGUUGUUUGACGACCUUGAACUGUACACUACGUUGAUUCGCAGCAGCAAAGCUUUAGAACAAGGAGAACGGCUUCACAACUUGAGUUGGCGCAUAAUGAACAAGGCGCUGCUCAAGGAUCAUGAAGUUAACAAGUCGAAGAGGCGCGAUGGCGUGAAAAACCUGUACCGCGUCAUCAACCCUGCUCAAAACGCUCAACCACUGCACACAAAUGUUAAGAAACCCGUUGACAGGGUCCCCGCUAUGCAGGUAAUGAGUGCCAUGAGAAACUCGACCAGUGAACCUCGAACUCCACAGGAUUCGCGACAUCGGAACCUAAUUAAGGCGCAUGACGUCACGCCACAGCACGUUCAAUACCACGGCGGAGAUUUUAGCCACCCCCAGGCUCUACCGACUAGGGCAAUUAGCGAAUUACAAGUGCGCAGGGAUGCUCACAAACCCCAUCACGAUAUUCCGGCCCCUCUAUCGAGAAUUGACCAGCGUGACCAGCGCGAUGUGCGAUUCACACUGGGCUUCGAGAAUGGCUCUCAGAUUUCAUCUCCAGAAACCCCUCAACAUGCCACCACUGGAUUUCAGAUACCGGCUACACAACUCAAGAAAAAAGAUAUUGCUUCAAGACAUCAUGCCGGCCACCCUGACGUUAUAGAUGGACCUCAGCAUCGCAAGAAGCCGAUAAAGAAAAACAAUCUUCUUUCUAGAGCACCAGAAAGUCUGUUCGCCACGAGAGCAGACGACAGAGCUCCAGAAUCCGACAAACCUGGCGCCCGCUCCAUAUUGCUGGAACGCCAGCCCAAGUCGUUGUUCGGACAACGGCCUCAGUCCACACAGGAUAGAGUCUUCCACGAUAGUAGUGACGAGGACGAGUCUGAUUGGGACUCUCUGUCGGACGACUCCCAGCUGUACGAUGAAGAAGAAGACGAUAUCUACUACCAGAAGCAGUGGGAUAAGUUGAUGUUCCCGCGGAAUGACUCUCUGAGGACAAAUUUCAACAAAAGUACAGCGUCCUCGACCACAAGCGUUGAUCACCAGCAGGAUCCUAAGAGAAGUUUACUGAGCGGAUUAUUUUUGAGCGAAAUGAAUAAGAAACCUACUCCGCAAAUCAUGAGCUCUUGGAGUUUACCCCAGCAGCCGACGCUGGAGGAAAGCAGCAUAGUCGCUGUGGGCGACGUUACCCCCUCUUCAUCAUGGAAGGGGACCGACGCAAUAAGCCACGCGAUAUCGCGCGAUCAUAUCCCUGCACAGCGUAACAGUUUUAGCAGCAUAAUAUCAGAUUCCACGCGGCAACGCUACACUUUCCAGUCUAAUGCUCCACCCACUGCGCAGACGAUUUUGCCGACUGCACUUUCCACCCAUAUGUUUUUGCCAAACAAUGUACAUCAGCAGCGAAUAGCCAAAUCAGAGUCCCUGCGGUCGGAGCCUGUGAAGAGAAGGGAAUCGAUGGAUAUUCCAUCCAAGAAAACAAGUUCGAGAUCUUUACUCAAGACGCGGCACGAAAUUUCCGAAGAAGAAUAUUUUGCCAGAGGAAAUCGCAAUCGGUGA